AUGUCUGUCACCCAAUCCGUUAUUGUUCCUGCUUACAAGGAAAAAUUGAAUAUCAAACCAUUAACCACUAGAUUAUUUGCUGCAUUGGGCAACGAAGGGUCCAAGUCAACAGAAUUGAUCUUCGUCGACGAUAACUCUCAAGAUGGAUCAGUAGAGGAAGUGGAAAGUCUUCAAAAGCAAGGUUACAACGUUAAGAUUAUCGUCAGAACCGCUGAACGUGGUCUCUCGUCCGCUGUCUUAAGAGGUUUCUACGACGCUCAAGGUGAUUAUGUCAUCUGUAUGGAUGCCGAUUUACAACAUCCUCCAGAAAGUGUACCACGUCUUUUCGACUCCUUGAGGGAAAACCCUUUUGUUAUCGGUACUAGAUAUGCUCCAGGUGUCGGUAUUGACAAGGACUGGCCAUUAUACAGAAGAGUUAUUUCUUCCACCGCUAGAAUGAUGGCCAGACCAUUGACCGUGGCCUCUGACCCAAUGAGUGGUUUCUUCGGUUUGCAAAAGAAAUACUUGCUCGAGGCUAAAGAAGAUGAUAUUAACAAAGAAGGUUUCAAAAUCGCUUUGGAAUUACUAGCUAAAUUACCAUUACCAAAUAAUGGGGAAAAGAUCGGCGAAGUACCAUUCUCAUUUGGUGUCAGAACCGAAGGUGAAUCCAAAUUAUCCGGAAAAGUCAUGAUCCAAUAUUUACAACAAUUGAAAGAAUUAUACGUCUACAAAUUCGGUGCUAACAAUUUGAUUCUCUUCCUUUUAUUUGGUUUUGUGCUAGUUACUUACGUCGCCCACCAAUUCUACUCCUUAGUCUUCUAG